AUGAAGAAGGCCACAAAAGACAAGAGCAAGAAAGAAAAAAAAGUCAAGGUCAAGACCGAGCCAUCCGUUCACAGUUUGAGCAAAACUCAGGAGACCAAACUGACCGUGGGCAGCCUGGGACUAGGCCUGGUCGUCAUCCAGCACGGGCCCUACCUGCAGAUCACCCACAUCCUCAGGAAGGGGGCAGCCGCCAGUGAUGGAAAACUCAAGCCAGGUGAUGUUCUGAUUAGUGUAGGCUAUGCCAAUGUAUUAGGAUAUACGCUUCGAGAAUUUUUAAAGCUUUUGCAAAAUAUCACCAUAGGAACAGUGCUACAAGUCAAGGUUUACCGGGAUUUUAUUGAAAUACCACAAGAAUGGCAAGAAAUAUAUGACUUAAUUCCUGAGACCAAGUUCCCAGUAACACGCUCGACGAGUGAGCAGGUAAAAGAUCCUCUGGCGGGCAAUGACGACAAUGAAGAUGUAGUUUCAGACAAAAAGCUUGAGUAUUACAAGCAGCCGAAGUCAAAAGGGCAGCCGUCCGCGAAGAGACCAAUGUCCAUCUCCAGGGAAUGGCACGGGUACAAGAAGAAGAGCCACACGGUGAGCGUGGGCAAGGACGCGCACUGUGACGUGAUGAUCCACAGAGACCAGAAGAAGGAAGUGCGGCCCCCUUCUCCGUACUGGACGAUGGUGAAGCGAGAUGAGAGCUCGACCUCCUCGGGCUCGUCAGCCUCAGAUGCCUUUUGGUUGGAAGAUUAUGUCAAAGUGGGCAAGGACAAGGCACAGCCUGCACCCAAAGUCGCGUAGGCAUUAGUCUGCAAAUCGCAGCCACACGACCAUGAAUUCAAGCACCCAGUUUUUUGUGUAUUGCCAUGAACAUUUUUUUGCGCUCUGCUACAGUUCCAGGAAUGUGUGCAGACAUCACUAUGUUGUACAGCCCUUCAAGACCUUCUUCAGCUUAUCAUCCACUGACAUCCCUGGGGCCUCACUGACCCCACAAGUUCACUCUCAGAUAACGUCCCUGGGCCCCGUAAGAGACCCUUUACUGAGAAAGCCUGUCUUUAAGAAACAUGGCGGGGGAGCCCACUGUCAGAAACAGAAUUUCACGUUUUAAGGUAAGUACGACAUUUUUAUUUAGCUAUUUAAGCUUGCUCUUUUGCAAACUUCAAGGACCCUACUUAGUACAAACAAGAGAGAGAAUUUAUGGCUAAUUGCUCACAUCAGAACUUGUUUCCUUUUCAGUCUACUUUUACUGAAUACUGGGUUGCUAGUUAUUACCUGAAAGAGAGGGAGGGUAGAAAGGGACAAGGGAGAGGAAGGAGGAGAGUGAAAAACCUAGCUGCCACAGUGACGAUACAUCAGAUGCGGGAUGAUGUGAAAGGAAUGAAUACAGGUGAUGACUAGUAGAGAACUGUUAGCUUUUAGAGCCACAACUACUAUAAACAAAGCAAAAAGGGGACUGAAUCAAGGGCAUUUAAUUAUUCUUACCCAAAACGCCAGAUUUUACACAAAUUUAUCUUAAAACAUCACCAACAAUAAUCUGGGAAUAUUUACUCAGUCACUCAGUCUAAGAUUUUUUAAGUUUUUGAUGAUUCUGUACCC